AAAAACAAAAAAAAGGCAAGAGUAGCUGAACGUUUUUAAAGAAAGAAACAAGAAGUGGGAGAGAAACCAGAAAAGAGGGGGAGAGACAGAGAAACGGGAGAAGGGGAAGAAGCAAGCAAGGAGGAAGCUCUUCCACCAUUGAAGGCCCUUAUGCCUUCUUGUUCAUCCAAUAUCUGCUAUCUGACAUCCAAGAGUAUUUGUUAAGAGAAGAACAAAAGCGACAACUCUAAGAAGCUUUGCAUAUCCGCUUCCUCCGUCAUUAUCACCAGAAUCUUCAAGACCGAAUUCAUCAAAGGUUGAGACACCUCUACCUUUACUAUAAUGGCUGAGCGUGCUAAUUUGGAACCUUCUUUGAGGGACUUUAUUGUGCCGCAAGCAAUUGUCCAACCAUCAUGCAUAAUUCAUUCAGAAAAUACAUUGGCCAACUUUGAGUUGAAAUCAGACAUGAUUCACUUAUUGCCCAAGUUCUUCGGCAAUCAUGAAGAUGAUCCUCAUAUGCAUAUCAAAGAGUUCUUUGAAGUCUGCUCAAUCAUGAAAAUUGGAGUAAUGAAUGAUGAGGAAAUAAGAAUGAGACUUUUCCCUUUCAGUUUGAAAGAUAGAGCAAAGGCGUGGUUUUAUUCCUUGCCACCCAACUCUAUCACAACUUGGGCAACCCUUGCUUCAAGAUUUCUACAGAAAUUCUUCCCAGCUCAAAGAACAAGAAAAAUUAGGAAAGAGAUUGUGGAGAUUCAACAAUUAGAUGGAGAACCCUUCCACGAGUAUUGGGAGAGAUACAAAAAACUUCUAAAUUCUUGUCCAAAUCAUAACAUCCCAGAAUGGCUCUUAAUGCACUGCUUUUAUGAAGGCCUUCUUGAUUUAGACCGUAUGAUUGUUGAUGUAACUUCAGGAGGUAGUCUCAUGAACAAGACUGUUGAGCAUGCUAGAGAAACGUUCGAGAAUGUUUCCAAUAAUUCUCUACACAAGUAUUGUGGGGAUUCAAAAAGAAAAAUCAAGAAAGAGAUUUUGGAGAUUCAACAAUUAGAUGGAGAACCCUUCCACGAGUAUUGGGAGAGAUACAAAAAACUUCUAAAUUCUUGUCCAGAUCAUAACAUCCCAGAAUGGCACUUAAUGCACACCUUUUAUGAAGGCCUUCUUGAUUUAGACCGUAUGAUUGUUGACGCAACUUCAGGAGGCAGUCUCAUGAACAAGACUGUUGAGCAAGCUAGAGAAACGUUCGAGAAUGUUUCUAAUAAUUCUCUACACAAGUAUUGUGGGGAUUCAAAAAGAAAAAUCAAGAAAGAGAUUUUGGAGAUUCAACAAUUAGAUGGAGAACCCUUCCACGAGUAUUGGGAGAGAUACAAAAAACUUCUAAAUUCUUAUCCAGAUCAUAACAUCCCAGAAUGGCACUUAAUGCACACCUUUUAUGAAGGCCUUCUCAAUUUAGACCGUAUGAUUGUUGACGCAACUUCAGGAGGCAGUCUCAUGGACAAGACUCCUAAGCAAGCUAGAGAAACGUUUGAGAAUGUUUCUGAUAAUUCUCUACAGUUCAACUAUAGAAGGUCUCCACCUAAGAAAUCUGAAGUUUAUGAGGUAAGUACACCUUCACAUUUUGAGGCUCAAAUUACUAAUUUGACUAAUUUGGUGAAACAAAUGAUGCAAGAAUCAUCCAAUGUGUGUUGCACUACACCAAGUCAUGUAAAUGAAGAUUGUCCUCAAGGUGCAGAACAACAGUCUUUUAAUGAUACCAUGAUGGAGCAAGCCUACGUUGUUGGACCAUAUCAAAACAAUCAAAGGACCAUAUCAGAAUAUAACCCUGCGUGCCACAACUGUCCCAAUUUCAGAUGGAGCGACAACCAGAAUGUUCAACAGGGGCCAGCUCAACCAUACCAUCAACAAAAUCAUCAACCUCAUGGUCAAGCUCAACCGUAUCAAGGUCAGAAUCCUAUUCAUCCACCUUAUGGUCAAUCUCAACAAUACAAUCGGGUUGGCCCAAGCCAAUCUUACCGGUAACCUUAUGAUUUCAAUAUUUUGCGUGUGCAUUUUCCUCAAAGCGAUCAAGAACUCCAAGAAAGAUCAACAUCUCAAAGAAAAGUAUAGUCCGCCCGCCAAUGAGGCCAAUAUUUGUCAUUUUGACAAAUUCAAAACUAGUAUAACGCUAAUUUUUUCAGAGUGAGAAAGAGAAUAUUUGAACUGAACUAAUACUUUUUAAUCUCAAUUAUCAAUAUCGUUUUGUGUUGUUGUAAUCUCAAUGAUCAAUAUUGUUUUGUAUUGCUUACAUGCAUAUUAAAUCUUGGCCGGCAUAUUUGUGUGGUUUUAUUACUUGGCCUAGGUUUGGAGAAACGACAGAAUUCGAGCUUGAAACAUAAUUAACUCAUAUUUGCUGGUAUUAUGAUUUUUUGUUUUCUACCUCUUCCGUCGGUUUUCGAUGGCACGUCCGGAGUUGUGGAUGCUUUUAAAGUGCUUUUUGCAAUCCUUGCUUGGAUUAUGGUAGCACUCUUUGUAGUUUGGGUGGCUUGUCCGCCACCAUUUUAUGUAUGUCCCUUUGGUUACCAGUUUCUCUUCGGUGGUCAUGGUCCUGUUCUGGUGGCGCAGCUGGUUGGUUUUGAGUGGUGCAGGAGGUCAAUUUCCCUUGCCUUCGGAUUUCCUAACUCUGUUUAAGUUUAUGUUGCCUUUUGGUUGUUUUGUGUCUUUUGUCUGUAGGGGUGCUCUGACUCUUUGAAGGUUCAUGACUGUAGUAGGCGUUUUGUCUUAUCUUGUUGUAUUUGGUUGAGCUCUUUUCUUGAGUUCUUGCUUUGUGUAACUGGGCAUUGCCUCCUAUUUUAUGAAAUAGGAUCUUGGCUAGAUUCAUUAA